UUCGAGGUGGUUCUCUCGACCAGUCCUUUCCUGUUUGAUAAGUCUGAGUUUGAGUGAGAGGCAGGCAGUUAAUGGCAACGGGGACACUGAUAGUGUAGCUGGCGAACCCGUUUUGUUCAAGAGAUACGGCAACAUUUGACUUAUAACUAUAAUGCAUUACUAAGUAUCUCCCGGGGUAUAGGCGAAACAUUAUCUGCAGACAGUGUUUGUUGCUAGAAUAUUGUAAGCUAACAGUUAGCUAGCUAACAACAGUGCACUGUUUUGAACGUCGAUGACACCAGAAUUAGUUGUGCACUUCGUUUAUUGCUAGCUAAUUAUAUUAUUUGGUAACUUAGCUACAUUAUACCAAAAGUAUCACUUUUUAGAGAUGGACAACGUUACUUCAUCGUCACACCAUCAUGCAUAUGAAUCAGAGGGCCAGGGGCACAGUCCACCAUACAGGAGGCGGACGGUGGAGGACUUCAACAAGUUCUGCACAUUUGUGUUGGCAUAUGCAGGCUAUAUCCCAUAUCCCCAGGAGGACUCUCCUCUGCGUAGUAGCUCCAGCCCCCCCAACAGUACAGGCAGUACAGCAGACAGUGAUGGCUGGACCCCUGUCCCUCAACCCCCCUCUUGCCCCCCGCGGCCCCCCAUACCCCUGCAGAACAAGAACAGGAAACGACCCCAUCCCACGGGAAUCCACCCUGGGGCCUCACUAUCCAGCCAUGUUAUGAAAAAUCAUGGCCAUUUAGCGUCCUCCCUGCACCCAGAUGACCAGAGGAAAGCCAACAAACUGAAGAAGCGGAGGAAGGACCGGGAGAGCCAGGCCGGCGAGCCGAGCUCUGCACAUCAGGCCGAUGCAAUGAGCCCAGAGCCACAGUUCCCCCUGCCCCUGGGAGGACGACCAAUCAAAGACGAGCCUGAGGAUGACUUCUUCAUCCCCCUCCACCCUUCGUCCCCUCACCCCCUGCCCAGCCCCUCUCACUUCAAUAACUCCUCCCCCUGUAAGCAGGAGCACAAUGAGGAGUGGGAGUGCUGGGCGGGACAGGGGCUGGUGGAGGGCAUGGUGAAGGUGGAGAGUGUGGAGAGUUUUACUGGGAACAGGACGGUGAUCCGACAGGGGAAACAGGUGGUGUUCCGAGAUGAGGAUGGCUCCGGAGAGGAUGAGGACAUCAUGGUGGACUCCGAUGAUGACUCGUGGGACCUGGUGACGUGUUUCUGUAUGAAGCCGUUUGCAGGCCGGGCCAUGAUUGAGUGUAACCAGUGUAACACGUGGAUCCACCUGUCCUGUGCUAAGAUCAGGAAGUCCCACGUUCCUGAGACUUAUAUGUGUCAGAGCUGCAGAGGCACACUGGGCCUGGCAGACACCCGCCGCUCAUACCGCUCACGCAUUGGCCCCCGCAGACACCUUCUUGACUGACCCCAUUGCAAACCCCUUCACCCGCUCACCUGCAUUUAGACCAUGCCCCAUACGGUUCUAACCCCAACCCGGUCCUGUAACGCAUGCCCCAGGCCAGCCCUUUCCUUUUGUCCCUGGCCCCAGUCCUACCCCAUGCCAUUUUCCUCACCCCUAUUGUGUCGACUAAGCCUACUAGCUAUCCCUCGGGGUCUUCAACACCCCCAAACUAAACUGAUCCGAGUGCUAUUUAAGAUUUAUUAUACAUUUUACGUUUUCUCUCUGCUUCCUUCCGGACUCUGUGUGCGUAAGUCAAUCACUGAAUGUCUGUCUGUAGUAGUACAAUAGUUGACCAGUAGGGUUGGACUCCGUAGUCUAGUCUGGCUGACCGGUUAGCUCUGACUGGAUAGAAACUAGCGACGCAUCUCGCAUGAACAGUGGAAACCUGUCUUCACUCUUAAACUGUCGGAGAGAAUGGCCUAUAGAGCUGCCACCCAACAGUGUGCAUUUUGGGACGUUGGCUUUUUGCUCUUAUUUCAUGCGUUAAGGGGGUGUGUUGACUUGCCAACCCCUUCUCCCCCAACCACCCUCUCAACUAGGUGGUUGGUACGUUUGUCUGUCUGAGGGAAGCCUUUGUCUAAAGCCUCAAGCAGAGGGUCUGUAGAUAAUGAUGUCCAGUUCUAUACUGAACAAAAAUAUAAAUACAACAUACUGAGUAAGUUCAUAUAAGGAAAUUUGGCAAUUGAAAUAAAUUAGGCCCUAAUCUAUGGAUUUCACAUGACUGGGAAUAUAGAUAGGAAUCUGUUGGUCACAGAUACCUUAACAAAUAAAAGGUAGGGUCGUGGAUCAGAAAACCAGUUAGUAUUUGGUGUGACCACCAUUUGCCUCAUGCAGCGCAACACAUCUCCUUCGCAUGUAGUUGAUCAGACUGUGGAAUGUUCUCCCACUCCUAUUCAAUGGCUGUUCGAAGUUGCUGGAUAUUGGCGGGAACUGGAAUGCUCUGUCAAUCCAGAGCAUCCACAUACUCAAUGGGUGACAUGUCUGGUGAGUUUUUAUUUAUUUUUUACCUUUAUUUAACUAGGAAAGUCCGUUAAGAACAAAUUCUUAUUUUCAAUGACGGCCUAGGAACAGUGGGUUAACUGCCUGUUCAGGGGCAGAACGACAGAUUUGCACCUUGUCAGCUCGGGGAUUUGAACUUGCAACCUUCCGGUUACUAGUCCAACGCCCCAUUCUUCCAUGUGCAGGCCAUGGAAGAAGUGGGACAUUUUCAGCUUCCAGGAAUUGUGUACAGAUCAUGGGGCUGUGCAUUAUCAUGCUGAAACAUGAGGCGAUGAAUGGCACGACAAUGGGCCUUGUCACGGUAUCUCUGUGCAUUCAAAUUACCAUCGAUAAAAUGCAAUUGUUUGUUGUCCGUAUCUUGUGCCUGCCCAUAUCAUAACCCCACUGCCACCAUGAGGCACUCUUUACAACCUUGACAUCAGCAAACCGCUCGCCCACACGACACCAUACAUGUGGUCUCCGUUUGUAAGGCCUGUUGGAUGUACUGCCAAAUUCUCUGAAAUUACGUUGGAGGCGGCUUAUGGCAGAGAAAUUAACAUUCAAAUAUCUGGAAACUGCUCUGGUGAACAAUCCUGCAGUCAGCUUGCCAAUUGCGCGCUCCCUCAAAACUGUGUUGUGACAAAACGACACAUUUUAGUGGCCUUUUAUUGUCCCUAGCACAAGGUUCACCUGUGUAAUGAUUAUACUGUUUAAUCAGCUUCUUGAUAUGCCACAUCUGUCUGGUCGAUGUAUUAUCUUGGAAAAGGAGAAAUGCUCACUAACUGGGAUGUAAAUAAAUUUGUGGACCAAAUUUGAGAGAAACACGCUUUUUGGAACAUUUUUGGGAUCUUUUAUUUCAGCUCAUGAAACAUAGGACCACCACUUCACAUGUUGCAUUUAUAUUUUUCUUCAGUACAGAUAAAUGGAAUGCGUUCAACUCUUUCUUUCAAUAGACAGAGCUUGAAAUGGUGCUCUAGACAACCAAGGAAUUAUCCCAUAUGACAAACAUGUAAAAGAGGCAUCACUUGAUGCGUUUCAUAUCAACACUUCUCCAUCAAGUGAGUGCUGGCCAUAGACAACCUACAGUCGUGGCCAAAAGUUGAGAGAAUGACACAAAUAUUUAAUUUCCACAGUUUGCUACUUCAGUGUCUUUAGAUAUUUUUGUCAGAUGUUACUAUGGAAUACUGAAGUAUAAUUACAAUAAUUUCAUAAGUGUCAAAGGCUUUUGUUGACAAUUACACGAAGUUGAUGCAAAGAGUCAAUAUUUGCAGUGUUGACCCUUCUUUUUCAAGACCUUUGUAAUCUGCCCUGGCAUGCUGUCAAUUAACUUCUGGGCCACAUCCUGACUGAUGGCAGCCCAUUCUUGCAUAAUCAAUGUUUGGAGUUUGUCAGAAUUUGUAGGUUUUUGUUUGUCCACCCGCCUCCUUGAGGAUUGACUACAAGUUCCCAAUGGGAUUAACGUCUGGGGAGUUUCCUGGCCAUGGACCCAAGAUAUCGAUGUUUUGUUCCCAGAGCCACUUAGUUAUCACUGUUGUCUUAUGGCAAGGUGCUCCAUCAUGCUGGAAAGGCAUUGUUCGUCACCAAACUGUUCCUGGAUGGUUGGGAGAAGUUGCUCUCGGAGGAUGUGUUGGUACCAUGCUUUAUUCAUGGCUGUGUUCUUAGGCAAAAUUGUGAGUGAGCCCACUCCCUUGGCUGAGAAGCAACCCCACACAUGAAUGGUUUCAGGAUGCUUUACUGUUGGCAUGACACAGGACUGAUGGUAGCGCUCACCUUGUCUUCUCCGGGCAAGCUUUUUUCCGGAUGCCCCAAACAAUCGUUAAGGGGUUUCAUCAGAGAAAAUGACUUUACCCCAGUCCUCAGCAGCCCAAUCCCUGUACCUGUUGCAGAAUAUCAGUCUGUCCCUGAUGUUUUUCCUGGAGAGAAGUGGCAUCUUUGCUGCCCUUCUUGACACCAGGCAUCCUCCAAAGGUCUUCGCCUCGCUGUGUGUGCAGAUGCACUCACACCUGCCUGCUGCCAUUCCUGAGCAAGAUCUGUACUGGUGGUGCCCCUAUCCCGCAGCUGAAUCAACUUCAGGAGACGGUCCUGGCACUUGCUGGACUUUCUUGGGCGCCCUGAAGCCUUCACAACAAUUGAACCGCUCUCCUUGAAGUCCUUGAUGAUCUGAUAAAUGGUUGAUUUAGGUGCAAUCUUACUGGCAGCAAUAUCCUUGCCUGUGAAGCCCUUUUUUGCGCAAAGCAAUGAUGCUGGCACUUGUUUCCUUGCAGGUAACCAUUGUUGACAGAGGAAGAACAAUGAUUCCAAGCACCACCCUCUUUUGAAACUUCCAGUCUGUUAUUUGAACUCAAUCAGCAUGACAGAGUGAUCUCCAGCCUUGUCCUUGUCAACACUCACACCUGUGGUAACGAGAGAAUCACUGACAUGUCAGCUGGUCCUUUUGUGUCAGGGCUGAAAUGAAGUGGAAAUGUUUUUUAGGGAUUCAGUUAAUUUGCAUGGUAAAGAGGGACAUUGCAAUUCAUCUGUUCACUCUUCAUAACAUUCUGGAGUAUAUGCAAAUUGCCAUCAUACAAACUGAGGCAGCAGACUUUGUGAAAAUUAAUAUUUGUGUCAUUCUCAAAACUUUUGGCCACGACUGUACAAACACACAUACACUGAGUGUACAAAACCACUCUUUCCAUGACAGACUGACUAGGAAAAAUCCAGUUGAAAGCUAUGAUCCCUUAUAGACGUCGCCUGUUAAAACCACUUCAAACUGUUGAUGAAGAGGAGACCGGUUAAAGAUGAAUCUUAAGCCUUGAGACCUGGAUUGUGUACGUGUGCCGUUCAGAGGGUGAAUGGGCAAGACAAAAUAUUUAAGUGCCUUUGAACUGGGUAUGGUAGUAAGUGCCUGUUGCACCAGUUUGAGUGUGUCAAGAACGGCAAUGCCAUCCAGCCAACUUGACACAACUGUGGGAACCAUUGGCAUCAAUAUGGGCCAGCAUCCCUGUGGAACGCUUUCGACACCUUGAGUCCAUGGCCCGGGCAAUUAAAAAAAAUGUAUGUAUUUUAUUUAACUAGGCAAGUCGGUUAAGAACACAUUCUUAUUUACAAUUACUGCCUACCCCGGCCAAACCCUAAUGACACUGGCCCAAUUGUGUGCUGACCUAUGGGACUCCCAAUCAUGGCCAGUUGUGACACAGCCUGGAAUUGAACCAGGGUCUGUAGUGACACCUCUAGCACUGAAAUGCAGUGCCUUAGACCGCUGCCCCACUCGGGAGCCGCAGAAUUGAGGCUGUUCAUAGGGCAAAAGGGGGGAGGGUGCUACUCAAUAUUAGGAAUAUGUGCCUAAUGUUUUGUACACCGUGUAUAUAUGAUGCAGUUUCUGGUCCCUUUUUCUGUUCAUAGGUUGCACCUCAGUCACUCGGUUGUCGUGCCAUUGUUAUGAACGUUCUAAAGCCGCCCUCUGCUGGCGGCGCCAUAGUGGUGAUAAACCCAAUCAUUCUGCAAUAGGUGAACUAUUUUGCCUAAAUUACACUAUCGCCUGGGGAAAAAAGUUGAUAUUUCUAAAGUAGUAGGAAAUAUUGUCAUGUCAUUAGCUAGCAAAAUUAGUCAAAAAUAGCUAGCAAUUCUAACGUUAGCUCGGUGGCCUCCUCAAUUUUAGCUAGCUAGCUAACGUUGUACUGCAUCUAAAGUCAAUCUGGUGACAUCCAACUGAUGGCAAGGGGGGUUUCUACUAAUUAUUUGCCUCCAUUUGAAUGUAAUUGUAUUUCCAAGCCACUGUAUUGCACUUUUAAUGAAAUCAUCAGCACUCAUUGACGAUGCGUCUAGUAGAGUGUGCUCAGUCGGGCAUCAGUCUGAAACGAAUGUUCAAAACAACAUUGUGACGAAAUAUCGAAUAGAUUAUUAGAUCAGUUAGUUCUUUCUCCUAGACCAGGGUCUGUACCUGCCGCCGUCCUCCUCAAUCAAAGCUUUUAUCUCUUCAGUUAGAACAUUGAAGAACAACUUGUGGAAAUGAUUUCCCUGUUAACGUUCCUGGCUGUGUUUCCAGAAGCCAUUUCAGUUUAACAUUUUAUGAAGAGUUCAGAUUAUUUUCCCACAAUUUUUUUCCACAAACACCACCAUGUCGGGAACAGUUUAAUGGUCCUGAACAGACCCCAGUCGGUUAAUGGGUACUUGAUGUGACUUUGAAGAGAGCCCUGGGUGGAGACUGGUUUUGGUGGGUGAAGAAAAUGCAUUAACAUGUGUGGUGAGCGAAAGCGCACACGUAGCCAUGUAAAGUGAUGUCAUUGGUCCGGUCCAGAAACAAGCCCCUAUCCCCAGGCAUUUCAUGUAAAGUGCCCUUGGGAGCAGGGGUCAGAGGUUGUUUCUGGACAGCCAUUGUCUCUGCCCCUUGGUUCUCAGUCCCCUCAGGUUAGUCCUAUAGGUUAGAGAGCAAUGCAUUAUCAAAACCAUUGCGCAAGUGUCUUAGGGCUCUAUAUAUGGGGUGUUUUGGCUUUCUGAGCUUUUCCUGACCAUGUGACCUGACCACAAAACAAGUUUUAUAGGCUAUAACGAGGACCCAGAAUUUUUCAUGGUCAGGAUAACUCCUGACCCUACACGUCACCUUCUGGUGUACUCAUUUGCACAAAUCAGUAUUUAAUCUCUCACCUGAUCCCUACCAGGCUCGCUGGGGUUUGAUAAUGUAUUUUGGAGUUUCUGGAGAAUUGUCCUUCUUCAAGCUGUUUGGAAUUUAAGCUUUUUCAAAUAUUCAUGUUUUCACCAGUUGUCAAGUCUAAGCUUGCUGAUGUGUACAUAUUGUUGUUUCUUGUCGACCUCAUAUAAAGUACCUUCAGAAUGUAUUCAUACCCCUUGACGUAUUCCACGGUUUUGUUACAGCCUGAAUUGAAAAUCAAAUCAAUUUUUCUCACCCUUCUCCAACAAUACCCCAUAAUGACAAAGUGAAAACAUGUUUUUAGACAUCUUUGCUAAGUUACUGAAAAUGAAAUAUUUCAUUUACAUAAGUAUUCAUACUCCUGAGUCAAUACUUUCUAGAAGCAUAUUUGGCUGUGAUUCCAGCUGAGAGUAUUUCUGGGUAAGUCUCUAAGAGCUCUCCACCUGGAUUGUGCAACAUUUGCCCAUAUUAUUUUCAAAAUUCUUCAAGUUCUGUCAAAUUGGUAGUUGAGCACUGCUAGACAACCAUGUUCAGGUCUUGCCAUAGGUGUUCAAGUAGAUUUAAGUUACAAUUGUAUCUCGGGCCACUCAACAUUCACUGUUGGUAAGGAACUUUAGUGUAGCUUGGGCCUUGUGUUUUAGGCUAUUGUCCUGCUGAAAGGUGAAUUAAUUGACCAGUGUCUGGUGGAAAGCAGACAACCAGGUUUUCCUCUAGGAGUUUGCCUAUGCUUUGCUUUAUUUUGUUUUCAUUUUCUAUGCUGAAAAACUUCCCAGUCCUUAAUGAUUAUAAACAUACCCAUUACAUGAUGCAGCCACCACUAUGCUUUAACAUAUGCAGAGUGGUACUCUGUAAUGUAUUGGAUUUGCCCCAAACAACACUUUGUAUUCAGGACAAAAAUGUAAUUGCUUUGCCACAUUUUAAUUUUCUUUCUUUUCACUAUGUCAAUUAGGUUAGUAUUGUGGAGUAACUAUCAACAAUGUUGUUGAUCCAUCCUCAGUUUUCUCUUAUCACAGCUAUUAAAUUCCGUAGCUGUUUUAGAGUUACCAUUGGACUCACGGUCAAAUUCCUGAGCAGUUUCCUUCCUCAACUAAGUUUGGAAGGACACCUCUGUUUCUCGUGACUGGGUGUAUUGAUAUGCCAUCCAAAGUGUAAUUUAAUAACUUCCCCAUGAUCAAAGGGAUAUUCAAUGUCUGUCUUUUUUUGCCAUCUACUGAUAGGUGCCCUUUUGCAAGGCAUUUUAAAAUAUCCCUGGUCUUUUUUGGUUAAGUGUGUUUUGAAAUUCACUCUGAGGGACCUUACAAUUCUGUAUGUGUGGGGUACAGCGAUGAGGUUGUCAUUCAAAAAUUGUUAAACACUAUUAUUGAGUGAGUCCAUGCAACUUAUUGUGACUUGUUAAACAAAUGUUUACUCUAACCUUUUUAGGCUUGCCAUAACAAGGGGUUGACUACUUAAUGACUCAAAGACAUUUCAGCUUUUCAUUUUUAAUGAAUUGGUAACAUUUUUUAAAACUAUUCCACUUUAACAUUAUGGGGGUGUACCAGUGACAACAUAUCUAAAUGUAAUCUAUUUUAAAUCCAAAGUAUAACACAACAAAAUGUGGAAAAAGUCAAGGGGUGUGAAUACUUUCUGAAGGCACUGUAAGCCAUAGAUCGAUGUCACUGUCUGACUGACUGUUAGACAUACACCUAUUGAAUGCUUGUCUGGGCUGGGCUUUCUAGCAAGCAAGAGCAAUGGGUUGGUUAGUUAUUACUAACUACAGUUAAUAAGAUGAAUAUGGGUUACUGAUAAGUCAGUCAUACUAGAACAAUUUCUUUCUUUAAAAAAAAAAAGUAAAUGUUUCAAAAAUAUUUAGGAAAGUUAGAAUGCGAACUCAUUGAUCCUGCUUUGUGAAACCCCCUUACUGAGAAUGUGGUGUCUGGUGCAAACUGUUUCUGUGAAACUCUGUAUUGUAAAUAAAGAUUUAAUGAAGAUUUUAACCCUA